AUGAACUGGGCGUUCCUGCUGGGCCUCCUGAGCGGGGUCAACAAGUACUCCACGGCGCUGGGCCGCAUCUGGCUGUCCGUGGUGCUCAUCUUCCGCGUGCUGGCGUACAUGGUGGCGGCCGAGAAGGUGUGGGACGAUGAACAGAAGGACUUCCUCUGCAACACCAAGCAGCCGGGCUGCCCCAACGUCUGCUACGAUGAGUUCUUCCCCGUGUCCCACGUGCGCCUCUGGGCCCUGCAGCUCAUCCUCGUCACGUGCCCCUCGCUGCUCGUGGUCAUGCACGUGGCCUACCCCCAGGAGCGCGAGUGGAAGCACUGCCUAAAACACGGGCCCAACGCCCCAUCCCUGUAUGACAACCCAAGCAAGAAGAGGGGCGGGCUCUGGUGGACGUCCUUGCUGAGUCUCAUCUUCAAGGCCGCCGUGGACUCGGGCUUCCUCUACAUCUUCCACCGCCUCUGCCAGGAUUACGACAUACCCCGUGUGGUGGCCUGCUCUGAGUCGCCUUGCCCCCACACUGUGGACUGCUACAUCUCGCGACCCACAGAGAAGAAGGUCUUCACCUACUUCAUGGUGGCCACAGCUGUGAUCUGCAUCCUGCUCAACCUCAGUGAAGUCACCUACCUGGUGGGCAAGAGGUGCCUGCAGACCCUGGGCCCCAGGCACCAGAAGUCUCGGUGCCAGGGUCACCUACCCGAUACGUGCCCACCAUAUGCCCUCUCCCAGGGAGAGCACCCCCAGGACAGGAACUCCGUCCUAAUGAAGGCCGGCUCGGCCACGGUGGAUGCAGGUGUGUAUCCAUAACCUGCGAAGAUGACGGCUGGGACCGCCAGAUCC